AUGUUGGAUCUCAAAGACAGGAUGAUUGUUGAAUAUGAGGAGCGAAGGGACAAGACGCAUGAAGCGGUUGAUGAUGUCGAGGCGAAUGUUGAAGGGCAGCCGUGUCCUUCAUGUCGAAGAAACAUUACAAAAUGGUGCUUUGUUCAGAAUUGCUUUGACUGGUGCCUUACACACUCGGCUAUAUCAACUGAAAGCCACGGAAAGGCGACGUCGCGUCUCCUAAGCCAGUCAAAAGAUAGCGGCGGCAAUAUAGUUGUCAAAGAGUCUACAAUGGUCGUCAGGAAGUGCGGUUCCCCAGACGCAGGUGCCGACUGUGAUGUCAUCUGUUGCGAAUACUCGUACGACGAAUGGGCGGAAGAAGAACGCACGGAGUGGAUGGCCGAGCAAAUGCGCAGGAGAAGCCCAUAA